AUGGCUAACUCAGCGCUCAACCACUCCUGGCCAGCCCUCUCCAAGCGGUGGCUGAAGCGGUGGGCCUUCAAGAGAGAGAACAAGUGCAUCAACCAUGGACCCCCGAAGGCCCUGUCUGGGACCCAGAUCCUUAUGAAGUUCCACCCGCUCCUGGCCUCUCCGCCCAGCCCAUCUUCCUGCCCAGGCACAUUGAGACUGAUUCACAGGCUGGCAGGUUCUGAGCCCAAGCCAUGUGUCCGGCCCUUUGACUCUGAAGCAGCAGCAGCAGCGGCCGGGAGCAGCGGCGGCCCCUGGAGGCCUGGGCGCCCAGACUUUCCCACCAUGGAGGAUGAGCAGGCAGGCUGCACACGUGUGGCUCUGCGGGCGCUCGCACGGGGCGCAACAGGCCCGUGGACCCCUAGAAACGUGAAGCUGCCGGGACACAGCCGGAGAGGGCCACCCGUGGAGACACUCACACACCCGUUGCCAGUCUGCCCUGGCAUGGAUAUCCGGAACAACCUGACGAGGCUGCACGAACUGGCCAACUGCUCGGUCAUUGAAGGUCAUUUGCAGAUACUGCUCAUGUUCAAAACGAGGCCCGAGGACUUCCGAGACCUCAGUUUCCCCAAACUCGUCAUGAUCACUGAUUACCUGCUGCUCUUCCGGGUGUACGGGCUGGAGAGCCUGAAGGACCUCUUCCCCAACCUCACGGUCAUCCGGGGCUCGCGCCUCUUCUUCAACUACGCGCUGGUCAUCUUCGAGAUGGUGCACCUGAAGGAGCUUGGCCUCUACAGCUUGAUGAACAUUACCCGGGGCUCCGUCCGCAUCGAGAAGAAUAAUGAGCUGUGCUACCUGGCCACCAUCGACUGGUCGCGCAUCCUGGAUUCGGUGGAGGAUAAUUACAUUGUGUUGAACAAAGACGACAACGAGGAGUGUGGGGACAUUUGUCCAGGCACUGCAAAGGGCAAGACCAACUGCCCUGCCACUGUCAUCAACGGGCAGUUUGUGGAGCGUUGUUGGACACACGGCCAUUGCCAGAAAGUUUGUCCGACCAUCUGCAAGUCGCACGGCUGCACGGCCGACGGCCUCUGCUGCCACAGCGAGUGUUUGGGCAACUGCUCCGAGCCCGACGACCCCACCAAGUGCGUGGCCUGUCGCAACUUCUACCUGGACGGCAGGUGCGUGGAGACCUGCCCGCCCCCCUACUACCACUUCCAAGACUGGCGCUGCGUGAACUUCAGCUUCUGCCGGGACCUGCACAAUAAAUGCAAGAACUCCCGGAGACAGGGUUGCCACCAGUAUGUCAUUCACAACAACAGGUGCAUCCCUGAGUGCCCCUCGGGGUACACGAUGAAUUCCAGCAACCUGAUGUGUACUCCCUGCCUGGGCCCCUGUCCCAAGGUCUGCCACAUCCUGGAAGGCGAGAAGACCAUCGACUCGGUGACAUCUGCCCAGGAGCUCCGAGGCUGCACCGUCGUCAACGGAAGCCUAAUCAUCAACAUUCGAGGGGGCAACAACCUGGCAGCUGAGCUGGAGGCCAACCUCGGACUCAUUGAAGAAAUUUCCGGGUAUCUGAAGAUCCGGAGAUCCUAUGCUCUUGUGUCACUUUCCUUUUUCCGGAAGUUACGGCUGAUUCGGGGAGAGACCUUGGAAAUCGGGAACUACUCUUUCUAUGCCUUGGACAACCAGAACCUGAGGCAGCUAUGGGACUGGAGCAAACACAACCUCACCAUCACUCAGGGGAAACUCUUCUUCCACUAUAAUCCCAAACUCUGCUUGUCGGAAAUUCACAAGAUGGAGGAGGUUUCAGGAACCAAGGGGCGCCAGGAGCGGAACGACAUUGCCCUGAAGACCAAUGGGGACCAGGCGUCUUGUGAAAACGAACUACUUAAAUUUUCUUACAUUCGGACAUCUUACGACAAGAUCUUGCUGAAAUGGGAGCCGUACUGGCCGCCUGACUUCCGAGACCUCCUUGGCUUCAUGCUCUUCUACAAAGAGGCCCCUUAUCAGAAUGUGACCGAGUUCGACGGGCAGGACGCGUGUGGCUCCAACAGCUGGACGGUGGUGGACAUUGACCCGCCUCUGAGGUCCAAUGACCCCAAGUCGCAGAACCACCCAGGGUGGCUGAUGCGGGGUCUCAAGCCCUGGACCCAGUAUGCCAUCUUUGUCAAGACCUUGGUCACCUUUUCUGAUGAGCGCCGCACGUAUGGGGCCAAGAGUGACAUCAUCUAUGUCCAGACCGAUGCCACCAACCCUUCCGUCCCCCUGGAUCCUAUCUCGGUUUCGAAUUCCUCCUCUCAGAUCAUUCUGAAGUGGAAGCCUCCCUCGGACCCCAAUGGCAACAUCACGCACUACCUGGUGUUCUGGGAGAGGCAGGCGGAGGACAGCGAGCUGUAUGAGUUGGAUUAUUGCCUCAAAGGGUUGAAGCUGCCUUCCCGGACCUGGUCCCCGCCGUUCGAGUCCGAGGGCUCCCAGAAGCACAAUCAGAGUGAGUACGAGGAGUCCGCUGGCGAAUGCUGCUCGUGUCCCAAAACCGACUCUCAGAUCCUGAAGGAGCUGGAGGAGUCCUCUUUCAGGAAGACGUUCGAGGAUUACCUGCACAAUGUGGUUUUCGUGCCCAGGCCGUCGCGGAAGCGCAGGGCCCUCGCCGACGCUGGGAACGUGACGGCCGCCGUGCCCACGGUGCCUGGUUUCCCCAACACUUCCAGCAGCGUGCCCACGAGCCCGGAAGAGCACAAGCCCUUCGAGAAGGUGGUGAACAAAGAGUCGCUGGUCAUCUCCGGCCUGCGUCACUUCACCGGCUACCGCAUCGAGCUGCAGGCUUGCAACCAAGAUGCCCCCGAGGAGAGGUGCAGCGUGGCUGCCUACGUCAGCGCCAGGACCAUGCCCGAAGACUUUUACGUCAUUGGCUUCUUUGCUCUUUAUCAGGAGCUGCACCUCUGUGUCUCCCGUAGACACUUUGCUCUGGAGCGGGGCUGCAGGCUGCGAGGGCUGCCGCCGGGGAAUUACAGUGUGCGAGUUCGGGCCACCUCCCUGGCGGGCAACGGCUCCUGGACAGAAGCCACUUAUUUCUAUGUGACAGACUAUUAUGUCCCAUCGAACAUUGCAAAAAUUAUCAUCGGGCCUCUCAUCUUUGUCUUUCUCUUCAGUGUUGUGAUUGGAAGUAUUUAUCUAUUCCUGAGAAAGAGGCAGCCGGAUGGCCCACUGGGGCCGCUGUAUGCUUCUUCAAACCCUGAGUACCUCAGUGCCAGUGAUGUGUUUCCCUGCUCUGUGUAUGUGCCGGACGAGUGGGAGGUGCCUCGGGAGAAGAUCACUCUCCUGCGCGAGCUGGGGCAGGGCUCCUUCGGCAUGGUGUACGAGGGCAAUGCCAGGGACAUCGUCAAGGGCGAGGCGGAGACCCGCGUCGCGGUGAAGACGGUCAACGAGUCCGCCAGUCUGCGAGAGAGGAUCGAGUUUCUCAACGAGGCCUCAGUCAUGAAGGGCUUCACCUGUCAUCACGUGGUCCGCCUCCUGGGGGUGGUGUCCAAAGGCCAGCCGACGCUGGUGGUGAUGGAGCUGAUGGUUCACGGAGACCUGAAGAGCUACCUCCGCUCCCUGCGGCCGGAGGCUGAGAAUAACCCUGGCCGCCCUCCCCCUACUCUGCAAGAGAUGAUUCAGAUGGCGGCGGAGAUCGCCGACGGGAUGGCGUACCUGAAUGCCAAGAAGUUUGUGCACCGGGAUCUCGCAGCUCGAAAUUGCAUGGUGGCCCACGACUUCACCGUCAAAAUUGGAGACUUCGGAAUGACCAGAGACAUCUAUGAAACGGAUUACUACCGGAAAGGAGGCAAGGGUCUGCUCCCCGUGCGGUGGAUGGCACCGGAAUCCCUGAAGGACGGGGUCUUCACCACUUCUUCUGACAUGUGGUCCUUUGGUGUGGUCCUUUGGGAAAUCACCAGCUUGGCGGAACAACCUUACCAAGGCCUGUCUAAUGAACAGGUGUUGAAAUUUGUCAUGGACGGAGGAUAUUUGGACCAACCUGAUAACUGUCCGGAGAGAGUCACCGACCUGAUGCACAUGUGCUGGCAGUUCAAUCCCAAGAUGCGGCCCACCUUCCUGGAGAUCGUUGACCUGCUCAAGGACGACCUGCACCCCAGCUUUCCGGAAGUUUCCUUCUUCCACAGCGAGGAGAACAAGGCGCCUGAGAGUGAGGAGUUGGAAAUGGAGUUUGAGGACAUGGAGAGUGUCCCCCUGGAUCGGGCCUCACACUCACAGAGGGAAGAGGCCGGGGGCCGGGAUGGAGUGUCCUCGCUGGGCCUCAAGCGGAACUACGAGGACCACAUCCCUUACACCCACAUGAACGGGGGCAAGAAAAACGGACGGAUUCUGACCCUGCCGAGGUCGAAUCCUUCCUAA